UUUGUGAACUUUGCUGUGCCAGUGUUCAGCUUCAGUUCUCGUGCGCACGUUGAAACGAAAUGUGGCGCUACUUGUUGCUAAUAAGCUGCUGCUGCCACUUGGCUGCGGCGGUGUUGCAUCAAACGUUGCAGGAUGCGCGACAGGAGCAGCAGCAGCUGGUGCGGCGCUAUAGCAAGACGCUGCAUAAGGAAGAGGGCGCUAUACGCCUGGUGGGUGGUGAUGCGGAAUAUGAGGGCAACGUUGAGGUGCUGCAUAAUCACAAAUGGGGCGCGGUGUGCGAUGAUGAGUGGGAUGCAUCGGAGGGCGAGAUUGUCUGUCGUCAGCUGGGAUUUCUGGGACUGCGACGUUACACACACAGCGGCUACUUUGGUCCUGCCAAGCGUCGCUAUUGGAUGGACAAUUUGUACUGCGAAGGUCACGAGCUGGAGCUCACCCAAUGCCACUUUGAGGGCUGGGGCAUCAACGACUGCGAGCCCAGCGAGGCAGCUGGCGUUAUAUGCUAUCCACCAGCGGAUCUAGUGCGUCCGCCCAUAGCUUACAGCGAUGCGCGUCUGCUGCCCAAGUAUCCCAUACAUCCCAGCUCGCGGCUUUAUGUGCGUCUGGCAGGCGGUCGCUACGCCAGCGAGGGACGCGUUGAGGUGCGUCUGAAUGGUCAGCGCUGGGGCAGCAUUUGCGCCGAUGGCUGGUCGCUGCUGGAGGCGAAUGUCGUCUGCCGUCAGCUGGAUUUGGGCUAUGCACGCGAAGCUUUUCAAACGGACUACUUUGGUGGCGCAAACGUUUCGCGUCCCAUGCUCAGCGGCAGCGAGUGCUAUGGCAAUGAAACUGAGCUGGCGGAUUGUCUGCAUCAUGAUCAUCUGCAGGGCAUUGUCAGCUGUCAUGGAAAUCGCCAGCAUGUGGCUGCUGUCAUUUGUGAUUAUCGCUCGCCGGAUUUGGUUGUGGACUUUUAUGAAAUCGAGCAAACAGCGCACUUGGAGGAUCGACCCAUGCUGCUGAUGCAGUGCGCCAUGGAGGAGAACUGUGUCUCCAAUGAGGCGUAUCAGAUACAGCGUGACGAUCCCAGCUGGCGCUAUCAGACGCGUCGCUUGCUCAAGUUCACUGCAGCUGCCAUCAAUGCGGGAAACGCCGACUUUCGACCCAUUAAGGAUAAAAGCCAGUGGGAGUGGCACAUGUGUCAUAUGCACUAUCAUAGCAUGGAGGUCUUUGCCACCUUUGACAUUUACGAUCAACAAGGACGAAAAGUGGCCCAAGGACACAAGGCAUCCUUUUGCCUGGAGGACAGCAACUGUCUGCCGGGAGUGCCCAAGAAAUACAACUGCGCCAACUACGGUGAUCAAGGCAUCUCAGUGAACUGCUCCGAUGUCUAUCUCUACAAUCUGGACUGCCAGUGGGUGGACAUAACGGAACUGCCAGCCGGCUCUUAUAUACUCAAAAUUGCCAUCAAUCCGGAGUUCAAAGUGGCCGAGAUGAGCUACGACAAUAAUGCCGCCAUAUGCGAUCUGUUUUAUAGCGAAAGUUAUGCGCGCGUUGACAACUGCCGUCUGUCCAGACCUUAGGAGCCGCAACGAAUUAUUCACUUUGACCGUGCCAAAUAUUAGUUUAAGCCAAGUGGGUUUUGUACUUUUUCUACCGUAAUAAAAACAUAAAUAAACUAA